AUGCCCAACAUCUCCGGACACGCCAUAACAGCAAUUCGCUCGCGGACUGCGCCUCAUGUGAGGGACGGGUAUCCGGAGCCUGCAGAGGUUUUCUCUCAGGAGACCAACCCUCAUGGCCGCGGAAGUCAUGACACGAGAUCCAUCUCCGACGACGAGAACAUCCGCAAGCAUACGCUGUUCUCCCUGAACGUCCUCGAUAGAACUGCAGGGCUGGCAGAGCACAUCUUAACCAUGGUUCGACAGGUACCCCCGGAGAUCUGGUGGCUCGUGAUAGACUGCCUAGGCGAGGCGAGAGAAUACAAGACGCUCAUCAACUGUAUGCUCGUGAAUAGAAGAUGGCACGAGAGGAGCACCAAGUACCUCUCACAUGUCAUAUUCGACAGCCAGAACAGCGUCGCUAGCUUGGCGCUUAGUCGUGGGCAGUAUAUAGGGAGACGAUGGGCUGGCCCAUCGCGGGUGUCCAUAGUCGGAGAGGGAGCUCGGGUCGAUCAGCGGACUCUUAUUCAGCAUCUGGGGACCUUCGCGCAGAUGUUAGCCGGACGGUGGACCCAGGUCAACUCGCUCGUCAUCGAGCGGGCGAAGUUGAGUGUAAGCAUGCUGCCUAGUAUCUGCCUCAAUUUUGCCGCUUGGGAUUCAAUUUCGACACUCGUACUCCGUAAUGUCGAGUUCCCCACGGCUGCCAUGCUGACCUCCCUCCUUAAUUCCCUUCCGGGCCUAUGCGAUCUUACUUGUGGUGAUGUGUUAUUUGCCGAACAACCUCGCAGAAGCCCGAGGGAGCUGCAUGCGCAGAUCGGAACCCUCACAAUGUCGUCGAUCCAGCUCGAUCCGGAUGAUCACUGCGCGAACCACUGUCUGAUGUACCUCAGCCGAGCUGCAACUUUCCUGUCCGGGGUCACAUCCGACGAUAUCAGUUUGAUCACUCUUGACUUCCACCUUCCUGAUACCGGCACCCCUGAGCAGAUUAGGGCCAUCGCGGAGGGACUUGUCAUUAACGGCUUUCCCAAGAUCGACGAGGUCCUUUCCCGCCCCAUAUUCGCGACUCUCCAAAGAGUGUUCAUGUCGGCUAUUCAGCCGACGCGUACACGUAUGCCUACGGAGUACAGACCCAACUGGGAGCUGUACCUCCCCAACCUUGUUGAGCGAGACCUAGUAUGGUACGGCUAA